CUAGGUUCUUCCGGAAGCCUCGAAAAGCCUACACUUCUGAGGGCUCCAUUACAUAAUUUCCAUCCUGAUAAGUUAAUCCUAACAAUCCUUUCCUACCGUAGGAUAAUCCCCUCUCUAGGAUAAUUGAUAUCCUAGUAUCCGGUAUCCGUUUUAGUGAAUGGAUUAAUAUAAUAGGAUAAUACGAGUUUUUCUUAUCGGAGGAUCUCAUUCCUGGUAUUGUGGUUGAGUAAUGGGAAUCGGAAGAACGGUAUAUGGCUUAGGGUCGAUCUUGUUUAAAUGUCGUUUGUACAAGGCACAGCGAAUGGAUACUCGAGUGUGAUUUAAAUGAAUCGAUGUAAGACGCCACAUUCUUACAAUACUAGCUUGCUUCACUCGAAAGAUGAGGUGUUUGUCGUCUGCGGCGAAGUUAGCCGUUGAUGUACUUUGACGUACUAUGAUACCCCCCCUUGCAUUCUUUAUUACUUAUGUAGAUACAGGACGAAAUUUUUUGGGGUGCUGUUCUUUGAACUUUCUCUGUCUCUAUCUUUCUCUAUCUUUCUCUCUCUUUCUCUCUCUCUGUGUAUGUCUUCAAGGUAACAUUACCAACAUGGCUAUAUUCAACGAUAUAACCAUGGCGACAGCUCGACGACCCUAUACUUUCAUCCUCGCCUUACUCCUCACUAUACUUUUCUUCCUCUACACAUCGCGACUGGAAAAAUUUUCGUCCGCUCCCCCGCGGAUAUAUACGCCGACUGCUAGUGAGGAGAUGCAGCUGGAUUCGGAGUAUAUCAGUGGCCGAUUUGGAUUUGAUGGAACGUGGAAUUAUACGAGAGAUUAUCGCAAUUUGUUCCUGUCGCAGAAACAAUGUGAUGUGGCUUUUCCGGGCUUGUUUGAGGAGGUCGAGAGACCGGUUCGCUUGAGGAGGAAUAAGAAGAUUUCGAAGAAGGAAUUGGAUGAUACCCCGCAGUUGAAUGGGUUUAUUAGAGCGAUGAUUUUUGAUCAGCAGGUUGGUGAUUCUUGGUUUUCUUAGAGAAGAUUUGCGGAUAACGGAGGGAGGGUGGAAGGGAGAUGUUUGAUUCGGAAACAAGCUAAUGACAAGAAAAAGUUAUACAUAAUCGACACAUAUGGCAAGAUCUAUUCUCGUGGUAUAGCAACCCUACAGGCGCUCCACCGCGCGAUGCUCACCUCUCCCGAACCCCUCCCCAAUAUCGAAUUCACAAUGAACGUCGACGACAGAAUGGAAGGACACCCGCAAUGGCUCUACGCGCGCCAAGCGCACCAGAGCGAAACCUGGCUUAUGCCCGAAUAUGGCUUUUGGUCCUGGCCAGAAACAAAAAUAGGUAGUUAUGGAGAAAUGCAAAUGAAAGCGCUGCUGACGGAAGCCUCCUGGCCGUGGGAUCGCAAAAUCGAUAAAUUAUUAUGGCGCGGCGCGACGAUGAAUCUAGAAGUUCGGAAGAAAUUUAUUGAGGUGACGCAGGGAAAAGAGUGGGCUGAUGUAAAAUCGUUAGACUGGCAUGAUGAGGGCAGUAUGAAAAAUGAUUUGAAGAGUAUGGAUGAACAUUGUCAGUAUAAAUUUCUAGCGCACACAGAAGGGAAUUCCUAUUCUGCGCGACUGAAGUAUUUGAGGAAUUGUCGGUCAGUGAUUAUAGCGCAUCGGUUGGAGUGGAUGGAAUUUUUUCAUCCGUUGAUGAAGAAGGAUGGGCCGGAGCAGAAUUAUAUUGAGGUGGAUAGGGAGUUUGAGGGACUGCAGGAGACUAUGGUGGAUUUACUUGCUAGGAAGGAUCAAUUGGAGGAAAUUGCGGAGAGGAGUGUUAGGGUUUUUAGAGAGAGAUAUCUUACACCCGCGGCGGAGACGUGUUAUUGGAGGAGAUUGAUACAGGGUUGGAAAGAGGUUAUGGGGUUUGAAGUGGAGUUUUUUAAUGUCACGGCUUUGGGGGAGAAGAAAUGGAGAGGGGUUCCUGUGGAAUCUUUUUUGUUGGAAAGGAGGUUGGAAUGGGACCCUUAUUAGUUUGGGGGUUGGCAUAGGUUUUGAAGGUUGUGUAUGUGGAUGAUUUUUAUCUACUGUGCUUCGUAUAUAUGGUAAUAUCAGUGGUAAAUUUAUAUCAAUUGGUCUAUUCAUUAUAGAGAAGAUAUGCUGAGAUGAGCUAGGCACUUUGUACGUAUGUAUGUAUAGUACAAGAUCAACAGGAAAGCAAAAUCUAUACUUCCCUCGAGAGAUUUUGAGAAAACCUUUAAGAUAUAUAGAUAUAGCAAAGAAAAGAAGAAAAA